AGUGGUGGUGGUGUGAAUGUAGGAACAUGGCUCAUCCUAUACAAGCUGCUACUAUAAACCAUUCGGUUGCGCCUGCGCGACCAGUCGUCUCUCUAAUGCCGUUUGCCGCACAUUGCCAAUUGAAAAAAUGUUCCAAGGAGUAUAUACUUAAUAUAUUUUUUUGAAGUGAACCAUUGUUUGUGCCAGUGACUGUGGUUAUUAUUAUAUUUUAAAAUUGGAAAAAGGAAUUUAUCUAUUAAGAUGAAGUUGUACCAGGGUUUUCUCUUCACCGUCCUAUUUGUUCAAUGGGCUUACACUGCUCCAAGUGAGGUGGCGCUUGAAAGUAUCACAGAACCGAAGAAUGAUGAUAUUGAUCAGAAGGACGAUCCAGAAGUGACAAAACCUGAGACUUUAUUAGAUGAAAAAAACGAUAGUCAAGAAAUGCAAGGACAGCGCCAAAAAAGGUGGUAUAAUUUUUACGGCUUCCCUCCUGUGAAUCCAGUAGUCCAGUAUAAAAGAGAUGAUUAUACGAACUCUGGCGCUUAUGGAUUGGAAGAUCCACUCGGCCAGAUUCACAGGAGAUUGCAGGAAUUAAGCGGCUUCAUUAGACAGCCGCAGCCGGUACCUCCACUGCCGCCACAAGCAUUCCCGCCUCAAUUCCCCCCUCAAUUCCCACCAUUCAUCCCUGUACUAUAUAUACCACAGAUAGGCUGCUCUUGCACACCGGCCGAUACACCGAACCGUCCUGAAAAUAGGCCUGCAACACCUCAGGAUAAUAAUCAGACUACAGACAACCCAGGUGUAAACAAUAGGUGGCCUGAAAUGGAGGAUGAGAGACAGAACUGGGGAUUCGUUAUUAACGAUACUGAUACUAACGAUAAUAAUGAAGCCGAUAUAAACGACGGAGCAAGGCCGAUAUCUUUUCAGCCGAUCAGACCUAAUAGGACUAUGAGCAGACCUCCUCCGCCUGUGGAACAUGGAAGUGUUCAAGGAGAUAUUAAUAGUUUGACAGUAACAACAACAACAGUUCGGCCACAACAAGCGCCAACAACUUCGAGAUUGUCGCCACCCAGCACUUGCGACGCUGCAGUGUUAAGUUGCUGCCACAUGCCACAAGUGACAUACGACUGUUUUGCUGUCCAAGGAUGCACAGAUCCUUACUCUUACGGAAAUCCUUGUGAUCCUAGUGUUAUUGCCCGAGUAAUUGAUAGAUUCAGAAUCUUUUAUAAUCAGAGAAGUGGAUGAAAUAUGUUUUAGUAUUAAUAGUUUAUUAUAUAAAACUAUAAUUAAAUGUUAAAUUUGCAUUGUAUUUUGCUGUGAUGAUAUAGAAUUAAAGUAUCUACUUGUACAAUAAUACAUAACGUACACAUAUUUAUUUUUCAAGAUAUUUACAUAUAUAAUAAUAAGGGAUGCAAAAAAUAAAAAAAAUAUUCGGUGAUCAUCUGUAAAAACCAUUUUCUGGUCCAAUCUGGAUAGAAAUAAUAUUCUUAUUACCUUUUGUAAGUAGAAUUAUUUAAGUUUAUAGGUUCC